AUGCCCUGGGAUCCUUCACUUGAGAGGGAUGAACCUGGAGGAGUGGGUAGCACCGAUACCCGGCCUUCCGUGCUUGACGGGCUUGUAACUGAUGGAGAAUUCAGCAAGAUGAGUCCUGACAGGCUCAGGCUUCUCACCAGCAGCUUGCGCCUACCUUCUGCGGGCGCGGGCGGGGAAGAGCUGGACGAGGUCGUCGGUGGACAUGUCGAGGAGCGCGUCGAGGUCCACGCCGCGGUAGCUGUACUUGCGGAACGUCCUCUUCUUGGGCUGCCCCGCGGCGGCGACCUCCGCCUCGACGUCGACGUCCGCGUGCGAGGCACCAUCACGCGCGGAGAGGGGUUAGUCAGCUCGGCCACAGCGAAAUGCGUGCGCGUUGUGGAUUCGAGGGCGGGUCGAGGGUGCGAGCUGUGGCCACUCACCAUGGCUGCGGUUGGGUUGGAGGAGAGGAGAGGCAGGGGAGCCGAGGCGCGGCGGGGCAGUGGAGGCGGCGGCGGCGUGCUAGGGUUUGCUGGAAGAGGCGUGGCCGCGGGUAUAAUAUCAGGUGUUCUAAUCCGCUUGGGGAUGGGCCGUUGGAAUUUUCGAAGCCCUUCGACAUCGGACCACCUGCGCAAAGGAGCCCAUACUGUUUGA